AGUCUUGACGGCUUCUGUGCGCCAGAUUAGAAGUUACGCUUUUACUGCGCGACGUGUGUUUAUAUGAGUCAUUUAAGUUUGUAGCUGCUAUGUUUUUGAUAUCGGCGUAUUUUGUUGACUUCCUGGUGGAAGAACGGUGACUAUAUUAGAGCGAGAAGUUUGUUUCCGCUUGGGACGUGAGCGAGAUAUGUGUCAAAUGUCACAGAAUAAUGAGCGAUUCUCUUCUUAAUUCUCCGGAUGGAAAUGAAGACCAUGUAGUGCAACAGGAAAAUGAGCUGGAAGCUCUUGCGUCAAUAUUCGGAGAUGACUUUCAGGACAUCAGGACUGAACAUCCGUGGAAGAUCAAGCGUCCUCCAGAAGUGUACCUGUACCUGCGCCCUAAAGGUCUGAGCCAUGGCCAGGAGUGUUACGUGACUGUGGAUUUGCAGGUCAAAUGUCCACCGACGUACCCUGAUGUGCCUCCAGAACUUGAACUGAAAAAUGCCAAAGGUCUCUCAAAUGACAAUCUUCAAAACCUGCAAAGUCAGCUGGCCAAACUGGCCUUGGACCGAUGUGGAGAGGUGAUGAUCUAUGAGCUAGCAGACUUUGUGCAGAGCUUUCUUACAGAACACAAUGUUCCACCUUCUCGCUCCUUUCAUGAGGAGAUGCUGAAGAACCACAGGCGGCAACAGGAACGCCUGGCCCUCGAGGAGCAGCAGAGGAUUGACCAGCGUCGCAGGCAGGAAGAACAGACGCAAAAUGAGAUACUUGCUGAAAUCCAGAGAAGAGAAGAAGAGAAACGAGAGGAGAAGAGGAAGAAGGAGUUGGCCAAGUUGGAGCGUUUGGAGUGCGUGGCUCAGCCGACUGCAGGAAGCCCGACGUCUGGCAGUGUCGGUUCCCCUGUACCUCCCGCUGAAACAAUGGAGAACCGAAAAGGAACUUCAAACAGACGUCGCACCACUUCUAGUAGCAGACACAGGCGAGACACGUACAGUGAAGAUAAUCCAAGUCCUCAUGAAGUCCUGCAGUUCAGCAGUAGUGCCAUGGGUGAGAUCCUGGUUCACAGAGGAAAAUGUAUAGGUGAGAGCAAGAGACUGGGCCGGAGUGUGUACUAUGCCCUCAAUGCAGCCUCUGGAGAGUUUGCUGUUGUGUAUGAAUGGAUCCUUCGUUGGAACAAGAUGAUUGGGAAAUUCUUCACUAGCCAGGAGAAAGAAAAGAUCGAAAAAUGUAAAAAACAGAUCCAUGGAGCAGAGAGCGAGCUGAACUCCCUGCUGAAGUUGGACCACCCCAACCUGGUGCACUACCAGGCGUUGAGCUACAGCGAGCGUGAAGACUGUCUGGUGGUGAACCUCUUGGCUGAGCACGUGCCUGGUGGCAGCCUGGCUCAGAGCCUCUCUGCAGGAACGCCGCUGCCCCCUGAUCAGUUGAGGCACCAUGCCGCCCAGCUGCUCGCCGCACUGGACUACCUCCACACCAACUCAGUGGUGCAUAAGCAGCUAGCUGCCUCCUCCGUGCUCCUAGAUGCUCAGGGCAAUGUGAGACUAGCUGACUAUAGCCUGGCUAAACGGUUAGGAGACAUGUGCAAAGAGGACAUUUUUGAACAGGCUCACGUGCGCUUCAGCGAGGACACCCUGCCCACACCCACCGGCAAGAAAGGGGACAUAUGGAGCCUUGGGCUGCUUCUUUUGGCACUCACUCAGGGACGUGAGGUCAAGGAGUACCCUGUGACCAUUCCUUCUAGCCUACCCGCUGAUCUUCAGGACUUCCUCAAGAAGUGUGUGUGUCUGAAUGAUGCUGAACGCUGGAACACUCAGCAGCUACUCGAGCACUCUUUCCUGCGCCCACCCUCACCAAAGAGCCUUCCUCCAUGCCAGGAGCCCAGUCCAGAAGACAUGGAAGUGGAUUUUGCAUCCACGGUUAUCCCGCGGAGUCACCUUCUCAGCGCCCCUUUUAGUACAGUGGUGCAGAAACAGUUCUCCCGUUACUUCAACGAGUUCGAGGAGCUCCAGCUGCUGGGCAAAGGUGCUUUUGGAGCAGUCAUCAAGGUCCAAAAUAAGUUGGACGGCUGCUACUAUGCCGUUAAACGGAUCCAGGUGAACCCGGCCAGCAGGCAGUUCCGCCGUAUUAAGGGAGAGGUGACGCUCCUCUCACGCCUGAACCAUGAGAACAUUGUGCGCUAUUAUAACGCGUGGAUUGAGAGACAUGAGGCCCCGUCUACAGGGGCGGAGAGCAGCGACACCUCUGAGCCUGCCAGCACCCCUGAGCAGCGUCCACGCCCUGCUGCUCUGCCCCACCUCAAUGAGCUCGGCCUCCUCGACAAUGUGGAAGACGAUGCACCCCCACCAGCACUGGCCAGUUCAGUGGAGUGGAGCACAUCUCUGGAGAGGUCGUCCAGUGCAAAGUGCAACGCCACUGACUCCAGUGAUGAGGAGGAGGACGAUGAGGAUGAAGCAGAUGUGUUCUGUCCAUCUUUCCUCCCGUCCAACAGUGACUCGGAAAGUGAUAUCAUCUUUGACAACGGAGAUGCGAGCAGAGACAGUAUUGUGCAGGAAGAACGGAGUAAAAGGCAAGGAGAGGACACAGCAGACAGCUCAAUAUCUGAAAGGCCUCCUCUCAUUGCACAUUAUCUCUACAUACAGAUGGAGUACUGUGAAAAAAGUACUUUGAGGGACACAAUAGACCAGGGCCUGUACCAGGACUGCAGUCGCCUCUGGAGACUCUUCAGGGAGAUCCUGGAUGGCAUUGCGUACAUUCAUGAACAGGGAAUGAUCCAUAGAGAUUUGAAGCCUGUUAACAUUUUCCUCGACUCUCAUGACCACGUCAAGAUCGGAGACUUUGGCUUGGCUACUGACCAUCCAGCUAGCACGGCUUCAGGCAUACUGGAGGUGGAGGACAACAGCUCAGGGCUCGUCCUCAAAUCCGACCCAACAGGUAACAUGACGGGUAUGGUAGGCACUGCCCUGUACGUCGGCCCCGAGGUCCAAGGAAGCACAAAGGCAACUUACAAUCAGAAAGUGGACCUGUUCAGUUUGGGUAUCAUCUUGUUUGAGAUGUCCUACAAACCAAUGACCACGGCUUCUGAACGUAUCUUCGUCCUCAGCCAGCUCAGAAAGGAGUCCAUCGAGUUCCCUGAAGAUUUUGUUGAAUAUGAGAACGGAACACAGAGGAAGGUGAUUUGCUGGCUGCUGAGCCAUGAUCCGGCCCUGCGGCCCACAGCGGUCGAGCUAUUGAAAAGCGAGCUCCUCCCUCCUCCUCAAAUGGAGGAAUCGGAGCUACACGAGGUGCUACAGCACACAAUGGCUAAUGUCAAUGGCAAGGCCUACCGCACCAUGGUGAACCAGCUGUUCUCCCAGAGCAACUCUCCAGUGAUGGACUACACAUAUGAUAUUGACAUUUAUAAGGGCAGUUUUAAUUUCAACAGUGCAAAACUGCAGCAGUACGUGUAUGAGACAAUCACCAGAGUCUUCAGAAAGCAUGGUGCAGUAAGGUUACAGACCCCACUUCUUCUGCCCAGGAACAGGAAGCUAUAUGAAGGCUGUGAGAUGGCCUGCUUUAUGGACCACAGUGGCAUGCUGGUCACGCUUCCCUAUGACCUGAGGGUCUCAUUUGCCAGAUUUGUGGCCAGAAAUGGCAUUUCACACCUCAAAAGGUACAGUAUCGAGCGUGUGUUCAGGCCACGGAAAUUGGACAGGGCUCAUCCUAAAGAGCUGUUCGAGUGUGCUUUCGACAUCGUCGUCCCUGUGACGAGCAGCUUACUCCCUGAUGCCGAGACCAUCUACACUGUCUCUGAAGUUAUCCAGGAGUUCAGUGCACUCCAGGAAAGGAACUACACUAUCUAUCUGAACCACACCAGCCUGUUACGGGCCAUUCUGCUGCACAGCGGUGUGCCAGAAGAUAAACUAAACCAGGCUUCGUGUAUACUGUGUGAUGCCAUGAGUGAGAAACUGACGAAACGUGAGGUGGAAGCCAAGUUCUGCAACUUGUCCUCGUCUAAUAACAGUCUGCAAAUGCUCUAUAAGUUCAUCGAGCAGAAGGGAGAGCUGCGUGAGCUCAGUCCUUUCAUCAACUCUUUGACCAAACAGAAGACUGCUGCAGUCACACAGUUGGCCAAGCAAGGCCUGAAAGAUCUGGAGGAGCUUACAGGUCUGCUUAAGAGACUCGGAGUUAAAAUACAGGUGGUGGUCAAUCUGGGCCUUGUCUACAAGGUGCAGCAGCACUGCGGGGUCGUCUUCCAGUUUGUGGCCUUUAUUAAGAAGCGCAAACGCACUGUUCCUGAUAUAAUAGCAGCUGGAGGACGUUAUGACAACCUGAUCCUUGACUUCCGUGGACCAGCAGCCACUGCUCCCGUGGCCUCAGCGGUGGGGGCGAGCAUAGCCCUUGAUAAGAUCUGUACCGCUGUGGCAGCCAUGGAAGAACCGCCUCCUGUAAGUUCGUGUGAUGUGCUGGUGGUCCCCGUUGGCCACACGUCAAUGAGCAGAGCCAUUAAUGUCAUGCAGAAGCUCUGGACUGCUGGAGUGUCAGCUGACUUGGUCUACGAUGUGUUGCAGUCUCAGGAGGCUCUUCUGGAUCACUGCAGGCUCGCCGGCAUUACAUUCAUGGUUCUGGUCUCUGACAAAGAGGGCACGCAUAUCAAAGUGAAAUCUUUCGAGAAGGACCGUCAGUCAGAAAAGAGGAUUCCAGAGUCGGAUUUAGUGGACCACAUCAUCCAAAAAUGCCGGACCAAACUCUGUGACGAGAGAAGCCGAGAGGUAUCGGAGGGAGGGUCUCUCCAGAAUCCCAAGGGAUCACUCCUGCUAAACUCAGGGUCAUCGGAGCAGCACGGGGGAGGUGCAGUAAUAAACAUGAAUGUAAACGUGGUUACGCCGGAUAAGAUUUCAGCCAGCACACGACGACGCUAUGAGACCCAGAUACAAACCAGGUUGCAGAAUCUUAGCAAUAAUUUGCAGAACAGGAGUAAUGACAUCGAGGUGCUGGCUGUUGACUUGUCCAAGGAAACCCUCAUCAACUUCCUGUCUCUGGAGAGGUACAUGGCAUGGAUUCCACAAGAUGUUGGACAUAUUCCUUGGAGAUUCUGGUCCAUGUUGAAAUGAAUGAUUUGCCUAAUUGCUGCAAAGCAAACCUCCCAUUCUGCAACAUCCCAAAGGUGAUCAUCUGGAUUCUUUUGGAAUGAGCUCAUUGUCCUGUUCAUGGAACACUUUGAGAUGACUUGUGUUUUGUGACAUGGACAUCAUUCCGGACCAUUAUAAGAUGAGUAUAUUAUAGACAUAAAGGGGUGCACUUGGUCAGCAUCAGCACUUCAGAUAUGCUGUGGCAUUCAAACAAUGCUUGACUGGUUUUAAAGAGCCUAAAUGCGUGUGCCUGUGUUAACACAAGGCAGGUCAGGUCCAUGGAUUCAUACUGUUGUCACCAAAUUUUGACUCUACAAUCUGCAUGUUACUCCAGAACUUAUUUUUCCAAUCUUCAGCUGUCCCGUUUUGGUGAGCAGAUGUCCACUUCAGCCGAUAUCCAAUGUGGGCUUCUGUUGUUGUAGCCCAUAAGCCCAUAUGCCUUAAAGUUUGACACUUUCUGAGAUGCUUUUCUGUUCAACACAGUUGUAAAGAGUGGUUAUUUGAAUUAAGAUAUCUGUCCUGCCAGCUUAAACCUCUCUGGCUGUUCUCCUCUGAUCUUUCUAAUUGAGUGCAUCUCUGACUCCAGAACUGCUCCUUGGUUGAAUUUUUAUUCUUAUUAUUUUUAAACCAUUAUUUUUUAAAACCAACCAUUCCAUGAACUCCAGAGACUUGUGUGUGGAAAAUCUAGAGCAGCAGUUUCUGAAAUACUUAGACCAGCCUGUCUGGCCCCAACAAUCAUACCAUGGUAAAAGUCACUGGAAUCAAAUUUUCCCCCCAUUCUGAUGUUUGAUGUGAACAUUAACUGAAGCUCUUGCCCUGUAUCGGCCUGAUUUUAUGCAUUGCUGCUGAUUGCAUAUUGCAUGAAUGAGUAGUUGUAGAUGCUCCUAAUAAAGUGUGGCUGGUGAGUGUAUAUACUGUCCCAGGCCUUAGCAAGUGAAAAUAUUUCACAUGAGAUUAGUUAAAUGGAUUAUGAUGCCUACACUGUGUGCACAAUUAUUAGGCAAGUGAGUACUCGGACCCUACCAUUAUUUCUAUGCAUGUUUUCCAACCGCAAGCUAGAUACACUUGAAUGCUAAUUGGAUUUAAGCAUUCUCAGGUGGUAUUUAUUUGUGUAAUGAGGGAGGGUGUGACCUAAAGUCAUUAAUACCCUAUAUUAAGGUGUGCAUAAUUAUUAGGCAGCUUCUUUAUCUCAGGCAAAAUGGGCCAAAAAAGAGAUU